AGUAUCUUUGCCGAGUAUAGGAAGUUAAUGAGAAUCAAUUUUGCAUGAUAAAUAAAUCUACGGAUGUUUUGAAAAGAAUUUCCAAAUCAAUAAGUGUUUUGUAACUCAAGAACGAGGUCGUAAUCAGAAUAUGAUAGUGACUAAUUACAAAUAUGAGUUACUGUGAAUAAAUAAAUAAACACUUUAAUUGGUCAUAAUGAUCCGCCUAGUUUCAGUCGAAGAAAGAAGAAAGUGUUCUUAAAAUGAGUCAGCACAAGUUCUGGAGAGGUAUAACUACGUUAAACUUAACCUCUACGCAACAAGUACCUGAUAAGAUUGUAAAACUUUGUUCUUUGGGCACAGAUUUCAUUGUUCUUGGAAGUGACCAUGGCCUCUAUUAUUGCACAGUCAAGGAAGAUAACUUAAGCUUUAAAAAAGUAAGCGGUAUUUCAGCCAUAGACAUAUCUUAUCACAAUGAUAUUCUUUAUAUUAUUGAUGUACAUGGACGUCUUUUCAAAACAAGUACUAGUUUAAAAAACAAAGAAGAAAUAGUCGUAAAAGAGGACUCGAAGUGUUGCCCUCAUGGCUUUAAAAGUUCUAGCUGUAAGGUUAAGUUUAGAAAUGUAGUAACAAAUGAUUUUGGGCAACUAUUUAUCAGUAGCGAUGGACAUCUAUGGGGAUCAGGUGCUAUGCCUCAGAUAGCAUUAGAUACCGGCAGUAUAAAGAAAAUUCCAUUCUUUGAGGGGAGAACAGUUUAUAGUGCUUCUGUAGGCCAAGACUUUGCUGCUGUGAUAGUGAGAAAAAAUGUUAGACAGUCUGGUAACUGUGAUACGGAUAGCGAAAAUGAUGAUGAAGAAGUAUUUGCUUCUAAUUGCUCUCAGUGUCAAACAAUUAUAGGUUUAGCUUCACCGGCCUCAGUUCCUUCCUUGUCUGAAACUUGCCCUCUUGGAGUACAUAUAAGUAAGUCUAGUGAAGAUUCAAGUAGUACAACUGCGCCCCAGACCGAUGUCCAUGUCGAUGGUCAAAGUUUUACUGAAGACUCUAGUCCUUCAUCAGAAGAGUCUAAAGUUGCGAAGCCUGAUGCCAUACAUUAUGAAAAUAAUAAUUUAGAAGUAGAUAACGAAAUACAAGAAGAAAGUGAUAAUGUUGACAUUGAAAAUACUGAAAGUCCCCAUGCUAGUACGGAAAAAAUAAAUAAUAUAUUUAUCAAUACUGAUGCUGCAAGGCAAUUUUUAAGUAGACAAUUGUCUUGGGUAUCAGCUGGUGAAGAUUAUUUAGUAGAGUAUACUGAGAAACCAACAAGAAUAAUUAAAGAAAAUGUUUCUAACCUUACAAACUUUGUUUAUGAAGGUGUAAAAACAGUUGGAGACAAAGUAGCUACUUUAUCUAGACAUGUAAGUGGAAGUAGUGAUAACAAUGAAACUGUUGAACUCUUAAAUCGCAACUUCAAUGAAGAAGUUAACUCGCUCAUGUACAGUUGCAUAUCUAACAAGUUUGAAGAUCUUCAAUUUUCAACAAGCACAAUUAGUAGUGAAAAAGAAUUUGAAAUAGCGAGAAAAAAUGAGAAUCUCAAAAACAUGUCAAAACUUGGUAAAAACAUUUUAGGAACUGAGUUGUGGACUUGGGGAGACAUAUCACAUGGUCAAUUGGGUAUAGGUGAUACAGUGAAAAGAAUCAAACCAAUGAUAGUUAUGAGUUUAUCUGGUUUUGGUCUACAAAAGGUUUCGUGUGGUAAGUGGCAUUGUACCGCCUUAACGUUAGAUGGACGCCUUUUUAUGUGGGGAUACAAUCACUUUCAUCAAGUUAGCUUUGAGUCAAGAGAAGAUAAAAGCAGUCCGAAACAAUUCACUGAAAAUUCUGACAGUGAUCGAAUAAGAGACACGAUAGCUACUGAUAACCAUACUCUUGCUUACACACAGAACGAAAAUAUUUUCUACAUGGGAAAACAUCUCGAUGGAUUUACAGAGAGUGUUGUCAAUUUAAACCAGAAAAAUAUUGAGGUUAAUAAAGAGAAAGAUAAAAAUUCCCAAAUGAAUGUCAAUGAGUUGCAGAAUAUGGGCGUCAAACCUGAAAACUUAUGUUAUCAUUGGAGAGUAUUGUCUUCUGGUAACAUAAACUACUGUUCCGUGGAAGAAUCUGCAAUAUGUCCUGAAUUUCAGAAUUUAUCAAUUGCUCAAAGAUAUUUAGAAGAAAUGCUCUUAAUAUAUCAUUCACUAGUAAAGCCUUUCCUUAAGAAAAGCAAAUCAAUCACUGCACAUUCCAAUGUAUAUGAAACGGUUUGUGAUAUAUUUGGUGACAUAUUAAAUAUAACCGCUUUGAAUGUUCUAUCGACUUGGCAAUACGCUGAGAAACACAUAAACGAAUGUGAUAUUUCCUUAAUAAAAAAUUUGGAAGAGUUUAUUUAUUUGUAUAAAAAAUAUUACUUAGGUAUAAGCAAUUUAAUUGUUAUUGGUGGUUUCACUCAUAUAAACAACAUUGUUGAUGUCCCAUCAAGUGUCUUUAAUUUAUUUAGUGAUCAAUUACCUACUAAUAAGCAGAAAAAUAAUAAAAAAACGUUAGAAGCUGUAGUGUCGUUGGCAUUUGUUCAGCCACUGACGAGAUUAAGCUCAUAUAAAUGCAUAUCACAGUCAUUAUUGCGUCAUUUACCUAAAAGAAAAAAAGCCGAUAAUAAAACCACCGUAGAGGAGAAAAUAAGUAAAGUCGUUUCAACGUUAGAUAUUUUGAUAGAAGAACAAGAGAAAAAGAGAAAAGAAGCAGAAACUACAAAAUUAUUUUGGGAAACUAUAGGAAAGAAUUUAGAUCAGUAUAGAACUCCGGAGAGACGCUUGAUUAGAGAAUCCAAGUCUCGACCUUUGAAUUUGGUAAAUCCUGGGAGAUUUAGUAGUCACUGGUUCAUUUUAUUCAAUGAUUUAUUCGUCCAUGUAAGCGGAAGUACGACAAAUGUCCAUCCAUUAGAAACGCUAUGGGUUGAAGCCGUCCCUAAUACUGACUCGAUACAAAAUGCACUACAACUCACGACUCCAGAAGAAGUAAUAAAUGUAUCGACUACUUCUGAGGAAGAGAAAACUGAAUGGUUACAUGCUUUGAAUUCUUCAAUUCGAACGGUUCUAAAUAAAGAAUCGUUAUUCAAACCUCCUGCCAUCCGGACUGCUAGUUAUACGUUUUCUAAUAAAUCAGGUUUUUACAAAGACGCUAAGUAUAUGGGGCGAUGGUUAGAUGGAAAGAUUCAUGGUAGCGGUAAAGUAGAAUGGCCGGAUGGAAAAUUUUACGUAGGACAGUUUCAACUGAACUCUUUAUGUGGACACGGAAAAAUGGAAAUUCCGGGAGUAGGGUUAUAUGAAGGUCAAUGGAAAGACAAUUUACAGAACGGUUACGGCGUUUUAAAAUACACGUCUGGAGAUAUUUACGAGGGCUAUUUUAAAGAUGGCCAUCCUCAUGGUCACGGUAUUAAAAAACAAGGAGAUUUCACUUCAUCGACAGCUACAAUAUACACUGGGGAAUGGGUGGUUGGUGUCAAACAUGGGUACGGCGUCAUGGAUGAUAUUGGUAAAGGAGAGAAAUAUCUCGGUAAUUGGAGUGACAACAAAAAACACGGCUGCGGCCUUAUAGUAACGCUGGAUGGUAUUUAUUAUGAAGGAUUGUUUACCCAAGACGUAUUGACCGGUCAUGGUGUUAUGGUAUUUGAAGAUGGAACUCAUUAUGAAGGAGAGUUUAGGUCAGCGGGUGUAUUUUCGGGAAAGGGAGUUUUGACUUUUUCUAGCGGUGACAAAAUUGAAGGUUCUCUCAGCGGUGCUUGGACGGAAGGUGUCAAAAUUUCUAACGGAGUUAUGCAUCUAAAUGUAUCUAAUCCUGUACUUCCAGAUAAUUCAAAACCAAACUCCUUCGGUAAAUUAAGCGUAGUACCAAAUCAGAAAUGGAACGCGAUAUUUCGUCAAUGCUUUCAAUGCAUGGGUGUAUCUGAAACCGCCCUUACUCCAACUGGCAACCAUUUUUCGAAUGGCACAUCAGCUCUACCAGACAAUGUGAAAAUAUGGCAAAAUGUCGCAGUUGCCAUAUCUUGUUCUCACAAAGAUAAACACACCAAACUAUCUGCUAAAAAGUCUAAAGGAGCUGAUUUAGAGAAGUCUGUCGACUGUUUGGAAGUCAUACCGCAGUUUGGCCAAAAAACUCUGACUUUAAACGAUUUCAUGGAACUAAAACAGUAUUUGUAUAAUGCUUGUGAGUCUGCUCAUCAUCCAUUAGGACAAUUAGUUCUUAGUCUAACAAACGCGUUUAACACAACCUAUGGUGGUGUUAGAGUUCAUCCAUUAUUACUGAGUCACGCUGUCAAAGAACUUAAGAGUAUUACCUCAAGACUAUAUCAAGUUGUUCGACUUUUGUUUCCGGCCUUACCACUGGAAGGCACGGAUGUGGUGUUGCCAUAUAAAACUAAAGAAGAUUCGGAGGAUAUUGAACAACAAACUAAUAGCAAUCCAAUAGACGGUGAAGUAGUAUCCGCAGCCUCAUUAUUACAACCCACGCUACUACCGAGAGUACAUCCCGCGCUCUUUGUAUUAUACGCGUUGCAUAAUAAGCGUGAAGACGACUUGUACUGGAGAAGAUUGAUGAAAUGGAACAAGCAACCGGAUAUCACGCUUAUGGCUUUCCUUGGAAUCGAUCAAAAAUUUUGGUCGACCAAUCCUCAAACAUCACCAAGUUUUUCGCCAAUGAAAGAGCAAUUAUUUAACGAGGCAGUUGAAACACUCCAGCAAUUGAAAACAACAUUUUCACCGAUAGAAAAGCUUCUCGUUAUACGAAGUACUUUUCAAAAAAUGACAACAGCCGUGCAACAAGAAUUAGGUCAGCAUUAUCUCUGGAGUAUGGACGAGCUAUUUCCGGUAUUUCAUUUCGUGGUUGUUCGGGCUCGUAUUUUGCAGCUCGGUUCUGAAAUACACUUUGUUGAAGACUUUCUGGAGCCCGGUAUGCAACACGGAGAAUUGGGACUUAUGUUUACUACUUUGAAGGCGUGCUACUUUCAAAUUCUACAAGAGAAGAUGUCUAUCAACUCGUAGUAUAAUUUUAAUAAUUGAAAUAAUGAUCUCGCAAUAAAUGUAAAGUUAGCUUAAAGCAUGCAAUUUCGCUACUGUUUUCGUGUGUUCGCUGUUAAAAAUGAUAAAGAAAAAGCAUUUCAAGUUUGCGUAUUAGAAUAAUAGUAAGGUAAAUUACAGUACCAAUAAUGUGGCUCUAAGAUCGGUCAGUAUAAUCUAACUAUAUCUUUUGAUACGAAUUGAACAGUCUUACAAAAUGAACUUUUUAUAGCAUAAUGUUUAAUAGAUUGGUACAGACAAAGCCUAAAAACGCCAUUUUUAAUGUAUUGUCUAUCUGGUGAAAUAGGUCCCUAAACCUUUUGAUAGUUUCUGAUUGCCUAUCAGUAACUUAUGUCCAAGAUAAAUUUAGAAAAAUAAAAAAACUAAUUUUUACUUGUAUAUAUUCGAACAAAGUUAAAAGACAUAAUAACAUAACCCACCUUUAUGAACUAGUUUUCAAUAUUAAAUGCCGAAUAUUUUUGUUGCUGCUAAUUGUUUUAAUUUUAAUUAAUUAUAUUUUGUGAAUAAUGCUUAGAAAUUAGAGUAUAAUUUUACGAAAUAAUAUUUUUAGUGUAUAAUUGCUUUACAUUAUAUUACCUAUUUAAAUGUGUGAUAAAAAGAUAUAAAUUUUAAUUUUAUCAUAAAAAAUUGGAAUAGGUAUUUUAAAAUAUAAUGUUGACUGUUUUGUCACAUAUUAUUUACUAUAUAAAUUCAUGAGGUAGAUAACAAAUUAAUGUUAUGUAAAUUGCAUGUGUAAAACUUGUGCCAAAGAAAUUUCCAUACAGAUAGCCUCGAAUUUGUAUAAUGUUAUAUACCUAAGUUUAUUGCGUAUUUUUUAGAAUAUUAAACAAUAAAAAUACAUUAAUUUAAA